UCCAUUAUCUGAAACCUGGCAACCCUCUGAGAAACGCCGUUUAUGUCCAAUCUGGCAACCCCGCAUCCCAGACGCACCGAGGAGCCUCAAUGCCGAAACCACGGACCCGAUUUCAUGGACUGAGAUGUGAAUCUGGACCCGGUCCUGAUACCCAAGGCCUGGUGUUUUCCUUUCCACGCUGAUCAGGAUCCGGUGGUGAUGAUGAUGAUGUUGAUGAGGAUGAUGAUGAUUUUAUCUCUGGUGAUGGAAGCUGGAGCUUUUUUUCCGGAUGGAGGAUCAGACAUGCGUCUGUGUCUGUACACUGACUGACUGACAGACAGACAGACACACACACAGAGACACACACACACACACACACACACACACACACACACACACACACACACACACACACACACACACACACACACACCUGGGCGGAUGAUGCAUGCAGAGAAUCCAGAUCACUGUCAGUAAACCUGAGCUUAGUGACUUUACAGCUCUUCUGAUAUCAGCUGAUUAAUGAGGGCGCAUCUGCGUGGGUUCCACCUUAAUGUGCGUGCAGAAGUGUGUGUGAGUCUGAACAGCUGUUGUGUGUCUGUAUUGUGCUGUAGGAACCCUGGAGGAGUCGCUGACGCUUGUGGAUGAUAUUCCGGAUGCAGGAGGUUUUUAAUGCGACAUGUGUUUUCUCCUGCCAGCAUCUUCAUCCCCAUCCUCAGCAUCAUCCUCAGCAUCAGCAUCAGCAUCAUCUCUCCCCACAAAUAUCUGACACCUUUUUAUCCUCAGACUCUUAUUUUUCGGACUAAUUACCUUUAAUACUCCCUCUGACUCGCACCGCCGUUAUUUUUCACCUCCGUGUUGCCAGAUUGGGUGAUUCUCCUCUCCUAUUUUGGCGCAUCGUUAAUUUCCAUGCUUUUGUAUUAUUUAAAGAUACGAGUUUUAUGUCGAGGCUUUUAACACAACUGGAGACACAUCUGGUGGACCAAAGGAACCCGACACGUCUUUACGCUUUUGGCUCUAUUUAAAAUGGCCGACUAAAGGGGGUUUUUUAUAUUAUAUUAUUAUUGCGCUGUAGCCGCUAUCCGUAUAAAUCUAUAGAAAUCCGUACACAUUUAUUUACAUAUAUUUUAUGAUUGUAAAUUAAAGCCCCCCUCUCCCCCCUCCACACCCCCCUGAUGCCGUAAGGUGGGGAAUUUACACUGUGGGCAGCGCGCGCGCACCGGGAAGAUGGCGGCUUAUUAAACUUUAAUGUUUAUGCGCUCGAGCCCAAAGAGGAGAGAAGAAGGAAUAAAGACAAGAGGAGGAGGAGGAGGAGGAAGAAGAUGAUAAUGGACAACGCAUGCUAAGGUCGAGGGAGAAAGGAUACAGGAGAAAGCUUGUAUAAACUGAGAGGGAAACCGAGUCGCUAAACCCGCCUGCUCUUCCUGGCCCCGCCCUUUUCCCCCAACCAGUACCAUGGCAGUGUCACUGUGGUUAUUGUGGAUGUGUGCCAUCUCACUGAGUACCAUCACCCCCACGGAACAAGCUCUAAGCAGAGCAGCGAUGCCCUUCGGUCUGAUGAGGAGAGAGCUGGCAUGUGAAGGGUACCCUAUUGAGCUGCGCUGCCCAGGAAGUGAUGUCAUCAUGAUCGAGACGGCCAACUACGGCCGCACGGAUGACAAGAUCUGUGAUGCUGAUCCGUUUCAAAUGGAGAACGUGCAGUGUUACCAACCAGACGCCUUCAAGAUCAUGUCUCACAGGUGUAAUAACCGUACUCAGUGUGUAGUUGUUGCCGGAGCUGAUGUGUUUCCUGACCCCUGUCCUGGAACAUAUAAAUACCUGGAAAUCCAGUAUGAGUGUGUGCCAUACAAAGUGGACCAAAAAGUCUUCGUGUGUCCAGGUGCACUGAUUGGUGUUUUGGAGGCCAGUUUGGUGCGAGAGGCAGAGCACCAGUCUGGUGCAUGGUGUAAAGAUCCUCUGCAGGCUGCUGACAGGUUGUAUGUGAUGCCGUGGACGCCGUACCGCACAGACCAACUGUUUGAGUACGCGUCCUGGAACGACUAUCGUCAGAGCCGAGUCACCACUACGUAUAAGUUGCCCAGUCGAGUGGAUGGCACUGGGUUCGUGGUGUACGAUGGCGCUUUGUUCUACAAUAAAGAACGAACGAGGAACAUUGUUAAAUAUGACCUCCGGACCCGCAUCAAGAGUGGAGAGGCCAUCGUUACCAAUGCCAACUACCAUGACACGUCACCAUACCGCUGGGGAGGGAAGUCAGACAUUGACCUUGCUGUUGACGAACAUGGCCUGUGGGUUAUCUACGCCACAGAGGAGAACAACGGACGAAUAGUCCUCAGCCAGGUGAACCCAUACACCCUGCGGUUUGAAGGCACAUGGCAGACAGGCUUUGAGAAGCGCAUGGCAUCAGACGCAUUUGUGGCUUGUGGCAUCCUGUACACUGUGCGCUCCGUCUACCAGGAUGAUGACAGCGAGGCUGGUGGGGAUUUUAUCCUAUACGCUUAUGACACACGGAGAGAAAGGGCCGAACCCGUAAGCAUUGCUUUUCCCAACCCGUACCAACACAUCUCCUCUAUCAGCUACAACCCUCGAGACAAUCAGCUGUAUGUGUGGAACAACUACAAUGUGAUACGAUACCCCCUAGAGUUCAGACCCCCACAGCCCACUGCAGACCCUUUAUCCACGCCACUCCUGUCCUCCACCACCGCACUCUCGCCAGUCUCCUCAACAGUAUUUUUGGGCUUCAGCCCAAGCCCGCCUAUCUCGGUGACAUUUAACCCAGCUGGUUCGAAAAACCGCAUCCGGCCAAUCACGGUCUCAGUGCCUGUGACGUUGCGCCCACCGCGACCGCCUCAAGGCCGCACACCUAUGUGUGAGGAACGAGUGAGCCGUGGAGUGCAGUGGCCCAAAACACCUCAUGGAGAGUAUGUCCAGAGACCCUGUCCGAAAGGAUCGCUGGGUUUAGCCUCCUAUCACUGCAUGGCUGAUGAGGUGGUGUGGAACCCAAGAGGUCCUGACCUCAGUAAUUGUACAUCACCGUGGGUCAACCAGGUCGCUCAGAAGAUAAAGAGCGGAGAGAACGCAGCGCACAUCGCCGCCGUGCUCGUCAAUCACACACGGGGACAGGUGUAUGCUGGUGAUGUCACUUCCUCUGUUCGUCUGAUGGAGCAGCUGCUGGAUAUUCUGGACUUCCAGCUGCAGGCAUUACGGCCUGCUAACAAAGACUCGGCUGCGCGCAACUAUAACAAACUUCAGAAAAGAGAGAGAACCUGCAGAGCUUUUAUUCAGGCCAUGGUGCAGACGGCAGACAAUCUUUUGAGCUUGAAGGCUUUGGACUCGUGGCAGGACAUGAACAUGACAGAUCAGUCUCACACAGCCACCAUGCUGCUGGACGUGAUGGAGAAAGGCUCGUUCCUGCUGGCCAACAACCUCUAUGAGGGGCGAUUUAGCGAGCGUGCACCCAAUAUCGAUCUGGAGGUAUAUGUCCUGAACGCUGAUACAGAGAUCGGAGAUCUGCACUUCCCACACUCCUACGACAGUGACAGCACCAUCCAUCUCUCUGCAGCUACCAUCAAACAGUACAGCCGUAACGGUCAGGUCAAGGUGGUGUUUGCUCUUUAUAAGAAUCUCGGCCCGUUCAUGUCCACCCAAAACGCAACAGUGAAGACGGAGAUGGAGCUAAAGUCGGGAGGUCGGACUCUGGCCGUUAAUUCCCAUGUGAUCUCUGCCUCCAUGAAUAAAGAAUCCAGCCGAGUGUUUUUGACUGAACCUGUUAACUUCACACUGAGACACCUACAGCUAGAGAAUCACUUUGGGCCGAACUGUUCGUUCUGGAACUACUCGGAGCGCUCGAUGACGGGUCAGUGGUCUUCUCAGGGCUGCAGACUGGUGUACAGUAACAACACACACACCACCUGCUCCUGCUCACAUCUCACCAAUUUCGCUCUGCUCAUGAGCCGACAGACAGCCACUUACACGGAUGGCGUGCAGGCCCUUAUCCUGUUUGUCGUAUCCUGGGUGGGCAUGGUGAUUUCACUAGUGUGUUUGGCUCUGUGUAUCUCCACUUUCUGCUGCAUAAAGGGUGUGCAAAGUGAACGCACCACCAUCCACAAGAACCUGUGCCUCACACUCUUCAUCUCCCAACUCCUCUUCCUCAUCAGCAUGGAAAGGACCCAUUACACCGUGGCCUGCCCGGUGCUCGCUGCUCUGCUGCACUUCUUCUUGCUCUCUGUAUUUUGUUGGUUGUGUGUUGAAGCCGUUCAGCUCUACGUGUUACUGGUCGAAGUGUUCGAGAGUCCGUCCUCACGCAGGAAGUACUACUACAUCGCUGCCUAUGGCUUUCCUAUGUUGGUAGUAGCCAUCUCUGCCUCCAUCGACUAUACAGGGUACUCCAGCCCCACCAGCUGCUGGCUGCGUGUGGAUAACUACUUCAUCUGGCUGUUUAUUGGCCCUGUGUCUCUUGUUAUCCUGCUGAAUCUGGUGAUCCUAAUGGUCACGGUGCACAGGAUGAUCCGCCAUUCUAACCUGCUCAAGCCUGAUUCCAGCCGCUUCGACAACAUCAAGUGUUGGACGGUGUGUUCCGUGACUCUGCUCUUGUUGGUGACAUUAACAUGGAUCUUUGGCCUCCUAUUUAUCAGUGAAAACAGCGCACUCAUGGCCUACCUCUUCACCUCUUUUAAUGCUCUGCAUGGUCUGUUUAUCUUCAUCUUUCACUGCGCACUGCAGAAGAAGGUACAUUGUGUUCAGAAGGAGUAUGCUAAAUGCUUCCGUCAGUCAUCCUGCUGUGGUCACGCUGCGUCUGGUGGUUCUCAUGGGUCCCUAAAGAGCUCAGCGCACCGUGGAAACAACCGAUACUACAGCGGAGGCCAAUCCAGACACAAUCAGGUGCACAGACAGAGUCGUAUCCGGAGGAUGUGGAAUGACACAGUACGCAGGCAGACUGAGUCUUCCUUUAUGGCUGACCUCAACAACACACCCACCCUCAACAGAGGAACUAAUCAUCUUCUGGCCAACCCAGUAUUGCAGACUCGCUCUGGUUCCUCACCUUAUAACACACUGUUGGCUGAAACAUUUAACCCUCCCUCACCCGCCGUCUUCAACUCCACCGGAACCUUCAGAAAUUCAAAGGGCACUCUAUCCCGGAGUCGUGAAUCUUGUGGUCUGGAGCCUGUUCGUCUGAACGGGAACUACAAUAACAGCUACUCGGUGCACGGUGGAAGUUCUGACCUCCUUGGCAGCGUCGCGGUGGGAGACGUCAGCCCUGCCCUUUUGACGCCGAGAGGUGCAGAGCCUCCGGGAGGUAUGAGGAGGAACCUGUCAGAUGCAGCAGCGCUGGAGAAGAUGAUCAUCUCGGAGCUGGUGCAGAGCAAUCUUCGUCCUGCUGCUGAUCGCUACAGCAACAACCCGGAUACAGAGGCGGAGCCACGGGAGUAUGUAAGUGCAGGGAUGGGUCACAGGGAGCCACCCCAACGUCCUCUGCCCCGCCCACCGCCACCACCUCCACAGGAUGAGGAAGAACCACUUUACAAGGCUUUGGAGAAGCCCCACCUUCCUGAAAAACCACGUGUUCCUGAUAAACCCCAUGUACCGGAGAAGCCACGCCUCUUGGAGCACACACAGUCAGUGUUCUAUCAGAGUGAGGAGGAUUCAGAAAGCUUUUCGGCUGAAAUUACAGACAGCGUGGCUGGAGUCGGCCCUGACUCCUCCUCCCUGUAUGCACGAGACAGAGACUCUUCCUAUCCUGACAGCAGCCCUGAGGGUUUGGGAACUGAAUCUCGUUCAGCCCUGCCCCCUGAUGAAUUAUACUUCAGCACAGGGAGACACGCCCACGUCUCUGCCUUCUACCAGCCCCCAUCACGCCGGACCAAUGAGGAGGGUCGGCUGGGGCUAGACUCCUCCCAUGGAGAAGGUGAUGGACAGAUGCAGCUGGUGACGAGCCUGUGACUAGGGCGCUGGUGACCAGGACAUGGAGAUCUAGGGGAGGAAGAAGGAGGAGUGGCAUUAUCAUCAUUAUCAUCCCUUACCGUAGCACAGCACUACAGCACUCUAGUGUUUAGCUUAAAGGCUGUUAUGUAAGAAUAUCUCUGGUGACGGAGCCGUAGUCGAACUGCAAAACCUUAACCGGAUAUUUCCAACUAUGUUUAGUCGCUGACAUCCGAAUCCCAAAGUCAGUUCCGUUUCCACAUCUCGAGCCAGGUUUGAUCUGAAGCUUAGUGUCUGAGUGACGGUUUAGCGUUUUGUCCAUGUUUGUCCUCCAGGUUACUCUAACCUUCAUCACAUACACAGUCAUUAGCGGUAUAACGUCAUUAGUACUGCUGUGUGAUGGAACGGUACACACCAUACAGGGGUUAGACCUGAUGGCACUCAGAGUUACGACCACUCUAAAUUGAUGAACGAACGAAUGAAUUCAUGAGAAUUAAUGGACGCUUCUUUGUCCACUGAGUUGAUGCUUCAACUUUUUGCGUUCCAGAAGUUAGUGGGAAUGAGAUGGGAACCGGUGCGGAGGAAAACAUAGGUACGGAUAUUCCACAAGCACAGUUAUGUUCUCUAGCUAAACCAUUUAAAUGGAUAAAAACAUAACUGAUUAUUUGCACAAUUAUGACCCGGGGUAGUGGUUGGUUUGGGGUAUAAUAAAUAGGGACACCCUGAAAAAGCACAUGUACCAAAAACCUGCUGGUGAUGGUGAUGAUGAUGAUGAUGAUGAUGAUGAUGAUGAUGAUGAUGAUGAUGAGAAGGCAAAGAAAACAAUAAAGAAGAAGAUUACGAUGGCUUCCUCCUCUGAGUCUCUGUCUCCUGGUCACCUCCACACCCACCCUGCUCAUCUUCACUGCCAUUCAUCAACUCUCUCUUUUAGUCUCUCUCUAUAUUGUAUAUUUGUCCUUCAAAAUAUCCAUCUGUCUGUCACUUCACAUAUUUCUGUCUCAUUCUCUCGCUCAGCCUUCCUGUAUCCUAUCUCUCUCUCUCUCUCUCUCUUUCUCUCUCAGGGUGGAGUGUUGGAUUUGCGUCCUGGUUCUUAUUUGAUGUAUUGUUCGUUUGUUCCCUUUCCUUCUGCCCUUUAUAAAAGAAUGUGACACCUUCUCCAGAGAAACAGAACAAAAACUUUUGACAUUGCCAAAAAAAUCCUUUUUAAAGGGAGUGCACACACACACACACACACACACACACACACACACACACACACACACACACACAAUGAACUCCUUUAUUGAAAUCACAGUGUUCACACUGAAAGGCCUUCCCCGGAGGUCAGGGGUCAAAUGUUAGUUAUGGAUCCAACAUUGGACUGUUUGGUUCAUUUUGCUGCAACCUGGUUGGACUUCUAGGCACCGUGGACCUCGGACAUGUCCCAGGGGCCUCGGCCAAUCAGCUUCUUUGGUUCAGAGACUAGCGCACAGCUCCGCCUCUUUUUCUAGGCCCAUCCUGGAGGCAUGAGCAGUCUAUUGUCAUGUAUCUGGUGUAAAUAGCAGUAAGAGAAUGAACGUUUGAGAACCUGCUUCUUGUAAUAUCUACAAAUGUUACAAACAAAAAGGAAACAAAACCACGUAAAAGGAUGUGUAGAAGAAAUGAAUGAUACUCUAUGUCUUUCACUAAUCUCUCCAUCUGUCGCUCUCUCCUUCUCCUCCUCCUCCUCUUCUGUCUCCUGUCUUUCCUCCCUGUCUUUUUGCUCUUCCUCUUUGAGAGAGUGACAGAAGGACUGGAUUUUGAUAAAGAGAUAGAAAAGAAAUGUGUUUUUAUUAAAAAAAG